AGCUUUCCCCCGACGGAACCCGCCGCAAGCAAUUAGCCAGCAUCCCGAACCGGCCCCCAGACGCACCCCAGGCCCAAGGCAAGGAUGAGCAAGACGCGUGAGGCACAAAGCCGAAACUCAACUUUUUAAAGAUAUUAUUUGCUUUGUGUGCGUGUGUGUGUGCGUGCGCGGGGGGGUGGAGGGAGGGGGAAGCAGCAGAAUGAGCUGAUGCCGAGGGUACAGCCACCCCACUUCUGCCUGCCUCCUCCUCCCCCUAAAGCUACUGCCCUAGCACACGCGCGCGCACACACUGCACUUGGGCCGGGUUUCGGCGCUCUGUCCCCCGGCUUGGAUGGGAGUUUUCAUUUCCGAAGGAGGCAGAGCCAGGGGAGCGCGCUGAAGGGCUGGAGCCCCAAGUUUCUCCUCACCAGCGCUGGCUGCCCGCUGUCAUUCGCUCAGGCUGGCCGGGGGAAGGGACCCGCACGCCAGGCUUUGUUGUGGAAAUCCCGGGUUACCUGGCUAAUAAACCACACCAUGGAUAACUUAUUGGACUUUGCCUGAAAGGAAUCAUUAGUGUCAUUGGAUAUUUGACCAACCUGGCUACAGGUUUUUUCAGAAUGAAUGGAAGGUCAUGCGGCAUGAAUCUCCACCGGACAUCAGGAACCCCACAGGGGCCUGGGAUGGUCAGUGGCCAACACAUCCCUCCCAUCCAAGCCCAUUCGGGGACUCCUGGCCCCUCAUCCUGUGGCAGCACAGCAAGCUCUGCCAUUGGAAGCCUUGCUGACAGCCUCCAUCUCAAGAUGCCCUCAGGAGGAGGGAUGGCUCCUCAGAGCAACAUGAAUGAGAGCCCCAUCCAUCUGCCUGCCUUGAGCCCCAGGAGACAAGUGCUCACCAGUGGGAAGCCACGUUUCCAGGUCACCCAGGCUGGAGGCGUGUCAGGGCCACACACAUUAAAGCCAAAGCAGCAGGAGUUUGGAAGCCCCUUUCCUCCAAAUUCUGGGAAAGGGGCUCUUGGCUUUGGGCCUCAGUGCAAGUCCAUUGGAAAAGGCAGCUGCAACAAUCUAGUGGUCACCAGCAGUCCCAUGAUGGUUCAGCGACUGGGACCCAUUUCACCUCCAGCAAGCCAGGUCUCCACAGCAUGCAACCAGAUCAGUCCUAGCUUACAGAGGGCAGUGAAUGCAGCCAACCUGAAUAUACCUCCUUCAGAUACCAGGUCCCUUAUUUCGCGAGAGUCUUUGGCCUCCUCAACUUUGAGUCUGACAGAAAGUCAGUCGACCUUGAACGUGAAACAAGAGUGGUCGCACGGCUAUAAGGCUCCCCCUUCACUCUCCUCGAGCCACAGCUCUCAGAAUGGCACUGAUCUAGGGGACCUAAUUAGCCUUCCUCCUGGGACAGCCAUGUCCAGCAACAGUGUCUCUAACUCAUUGCCAUCCUACCUUUUCGGUAUGGAAAGCAGCCACUCUCCUUACCCCAGUCCCCGACACUCUUCAGCCAGGUCCCACUCGGCCCGCUCCAAGAAGAGAGCACUGUCCUUGUCCCCGCUGUCCGACGGCAUCGGGAUAGACUUCAAUACCAUCAUCCGCACCUCGCCCACGUCCCUGGUCGCCUACAUCAACGGGUCAAGGGCUUCCCCCGCCAACAUGUCUCCACAGCCUGAGGUCUACGGGCAUUUCCUGGGAGUGCGAGGCAGCUGUAUUCCCCAGCCGUGCUCAGUGCCAAGUGGCCAGAAGGCUGUGCGGGUGGCCAGCGGUGGCCUGGCUCUCCCGGCCUACGACGAGGACGGCGCGCUGGAGUAUGAGCGCAUGCAGCAGCUGGAGCACGGUGGCCUCCAGCCGGGCCUGGUCAACAACAUGGUGGUGCAGCACGGCCUGCCGGACCCCGCCGGCCACGCGGCCGGCCUGCUCAAGACCGAGCGCCUGGAUGAUUUCCCUGGUGGCGUCCUGGACCUGCCCCCCGCACCCCCUCUGCCACCGCCGCCCCAGCCCCAAGGCCCCCCGCCGCCCUACCAUGCCCACCCGCAUCUGCAUCAUCCAGAGCUGGUCCACCAGGCCCAGCCGCUGGCCCUGCCCCAGGCCGCCCUGGAAGAGGAUGGGGAGAUGGAUGACGUUGGGGGCAAGCAUUGCUGUCGCUGGAUCGACUGCAGUGCCUUGUAUGACCAGCAGGAGGAACUUGUGCGGCACAUCGAGAAGGUUCACAUAGACCAGCGCAAAGGAGAAGACUUCACUUGUUUCUGGGCCGGUUGUCCUCGAAGGUACAAGCCAUUUAAUGCCCGCUAUAAACUGUUGAUCCACAUGAGAGUUCACUCGGGGGAAAAGCCCAACAAGUGUUCGGAAAACUUGAAGCUGAUACAUUGUAAGAAUGCCAGGUUAUAUGACUGAAAAGAAUAAUUGCAUUCCAG